AUGCGGCGGGUGCUGCAGGGGCUCGCGAACACCUGCGGACGCGCAGGGCUCGGGGUCGCCCAGGCCGCCCCCGAAGAGGCCCUGCGACCCUUCGGCCUCGCUAGCGCCUCCGUCACCCGGGCGGACGACGGCACCCUCGUCGCGGAAUUCAAGUCACGCGAGGGCGCCGAGCGCGCAGUGAGGACGCUGCACGAAACGGCCCUCGCAGGGUGCGACGCGACUCUCCGCCUCGACCACGCCCUGGCCGGCGCGAUCGACCCGGCCUACGUCCCGUUCUCGCGACCGCUCCAGGGCACCACCGGCGCGGACUUCCGCGCCGCCAUGCGCAGCGUCGCGCAGUCAACGGGCCUGCCCUGGCCCGUGCCGGCGACGGACCUCCUGAGCCGCAUCGAGCGGGGCGCCGCGCUCCCGGGCCCGCUCUUCGCCGCGACGGGUUCCGAGGACAUCGCGCGCGCCGUGAUCGCGCGUGCGCGCGCCCGCGACGCCAGCCAGCCGCUGUCCGCGGCCGCUGCCCGCGCGCUAGGGUACGCAGUGUCGUCUCUCGGGUGGCGGUCCUGGCACGACGCGCUCGCGCCCGGGACGGCCGCGGAGCUACUCUUCGCGCUGUCGCGGCUCGACGUGCGCGUCAACUCGACCAACGCGGGCUUCCUUGUAUCGCUCGAGCGCACGAUCCACGAAGGCGACCCGCGCACCCUAGAGCCGUCACAAGUCGCCAGCGCACUGCGCGGCAUCCUGGGCCUCGGAUGGGCCGGAAAUCACGCGCCCAUGGCCGCGCUGGCCGACGCCGCGCUGCUCAAGUGCGGCGCCAUGACCGACGAGGAGCUCGCGGGCGUCCUGCGGUCUCUCGGCGCCGUUGGCGUGCACCCAGGUCCCGAGAUCCUGUCGGAGUUCCUGUCGCGCGUGCGGGCGGCGGCGGCGCAGAAGGUGAAGCCCGGGAGCAAGGCGCUGCCGGUCGACACGUUCGGGAGCGUCGAGGCGUUCCUGGACGCGCUCGUCGGGGUGCUAGAGAUGGAGAUGGUGCCCCCCGAGCAGCGCGGCGAGCGCGGGCGGGCGGCGAUGGAGGCGUGCGGCCAGGACCCCGUGCGGGCGCGGGCGGCGCUGGCGGCGGAGGGGGCGCACUUGGAGGGGAUCACGAAGGUGUGGGGGCUCGCGAACCAGCUCCUGGCGGACGGGGCGGGGGUGUCGUCGAGUCAGGCGGCACUGGUGUCGUUGCACUGGGUCGUCGCGACGGGCGCGGCGCUGCGGGAGGCGCACGAGCGCGGGCUGUCGUCGCUCGACCGCGGCAUGUUCUCGCACGGCCAGUGGUGGAUGCGCGCCCCGGGGCAGUGGGUGAAGAGCUCCGCACGCCUGUGGUGGGGAUACAAGAGCAUGGCCGACGCGAUGAAGGCGUUCGAGGUUGGCGUCAGUCUGGCGACGCGGCGCCAGGCGGAGGAGACGUGGCUCAAGUGGUGGGGCGACCGCAGCAUGCGCAUGCCGACGGAGGACGCGGCGCGGCAGCGCGAGGCUCGGCAGUCGUACCGCGCCCUGCUCACGGCCGCCACGCACCUCCUGAAGCAGUCCUUUCCUGACGCAGCGGACGGAGCGCUGACCGUCACCGGCGGCCUCGACUCCGGCGCCGGCUGCGUCCAGCAGCGCUCGCCGUUCACCGCGAACCGCGACCAGCGCUUCGACAUCGUCCCGCGCACGGGCGACAAGGCCCCGGUGCCGCUCGACAUUGUCGUACUGGGCGCGGAGGGCACUGCGUACGAGGGCGUGCGCGCGGCGGUGGAGCCGGACAUUCCGCACCGCGACUGCCUCCCCCGCUGGCCGUCCAGGACGCUCGGCCGCUUCACGUGGCACCCACUCGGCCGCCGCGUGCUGCGUUGCGUGCAACUCGAGGCACGCGGCUACCGCCCGUUGCGCCUCGACGCGGCACUGUUCCGCACGGGGCACGAGUCCGCGCGCCGCGACGCCGUCCGCGAGGCCCUGCGCGCCGCCGUGAAGGAGUCGAUGGAGGGCGCCGGGCGUUUCGCGGAGGCGGAGGCGGUCGGGACGUACGUGGGUGCCAUGCACUCGAGCACGGUCGAUCUGGACCCGUUCGGUCCAGGAGGGCGCCGACACCCGCUGUACAAGCCGAAGUACCGCCGGCCGACGUACAACGACCACAACAGCUGGCGCAGGCACCUGCGCGAUCGCUGA